AUGAAGUUCAUAAUUGCCACCUCUGUAUUUGCUCUUGCGGGCUCUGCACUUGGUCGUACCUUUACGGUCUAUAAUGCUUGCCCCUUCACCAUUUGGCCUGCCGUCUUCACUGAUCUCAAUGUCGGAUCCGCUGUCCCUGGGAUUGAAACUGGUUGGGAGGCUCCCGCUUGGAGCAAGCGCACGUUCAACGUGCCCGAUAACUGGAAGGCCGGCCGUAUCUGGGGUCGCCGCAACUGCAACUUUUCCUCCAACCCUGGCCCCAACUCUUGUCUUUCGGGCGGGUGCAAUGGUGGAUUAAAGUGUGACUCUCGCACUGGUACUGGGGUUCCUCCAGCGAGCGUUGCGGAAUGGACUUUGAGCGCUGGUGACGGCCAGGAUUGGUACGAUGUGUCCCUGGUCGAUGGCUAUAAUUUGCCUAUGCGUAUUUCGAACAGCGCUGGCUGCCCCGUUGCCGAGUGUGCUGUCGACCUUGGCCCGAACUGUCCUGCUCCUCUGAAGGGGCCCUUCGAUUCCAGCGGCUUCCCCGUUGGCUGCAAAUCUGCAUGCGCUGCGAACCUUGACGGGAACCAAGCCAACUCAAAGAACUGCUGCUCUGGCCAGUACAGCACUCCUGCGACCUGCCCCCCGAGCGGCGUUUCGUACUACUCGUACUUUAAAAACGCCUGCCCGCGCUCAUAUGUCUAUGCUUAUGACGAGUCGAGCAAAACUGCACUCUGGACUUGCCCCACCUCGAAAAAGGCUGACUACACUCUUACUUUCUGCCCUUGA